AUGAAAGAGAUGCGGGAGUCCCAAUUUACGAUGGACAAGAGCAGCGAGACUGACAAUGGCUCUUCAAGAGACUUCGAGGUGACAAGACCAGUCAUCGCAACCUGGCGGCUGGCUAUAAUCCUCCUCUGCAUCGCCGUCGGUCUGUUCCUGUCACUGAUGGAUACGACCAUCGUCUCAACGAUGCUCUAUACCAUCUCGGAUGAGUUUGGCGGGUUCCGAAUGUCAUCGUGGAUUGUCCUCGCCUACACACUGUCCUAUGUCGGCUGCGCCGUAUUUAUAGCCCGGGUGUCAGAUGUGAUUGGCAGGAAAAUCGCCCUCUUCACCUGCUUUCUUAUCUUUCUUGCCGCGUCCAUGGCGUGUGCAGCUUCCAAGGAUCUCAAUCAACUGAUCGGCUUCCGAGCCGCCCAGGGUGUUGGUGGUUCCGGACUGUAUGCCAUGGCGAUGAUAAUCUAUCCAGAAAUCAGUCCACCGGCGCUACUACCGAUCAUCUCAUCGAUUGUUGGGGUCAUUGUGGCGCUGGCGGGUAUCAGUGGACCGAUCAUUGGUGGGCUUCUAACCACUUAUACAUCCUGGCGAUGGGCAUUCUGGAUCAAUGGCCCUUGUGCCUUUGUCCCGGCCGUUGCCCUAUUCCUGGUCUGGCCGAGCGAUUUCCACGCCACGAAGAAUGCCCGUUUCAAGCAUCUCGACUACCUUGGUACUCUCCUUAUCAUGCUCGGCAGCGUACUGUUCGUGUUCAUUCUCAACCAGGCGGCUACCCGCGUCUACGCGUGGAAGAGCGCUCCCGUCAUCCUCAUCAUUGUGAUUUCUGGUCUUGCGUGGAUAGCACUGGUCUGCUGGGAGUGGAUCGUGUCGCGGCAUCCCAAGCUCCGGCACCUUCGCCCUCAGCUGCCCUUCCGACUUCUGGCCGAUAGAGUCAUGCUGGCGGGAUUCCUAAGCACCAUGUUAACCGGGUUCGUCAUGCUGCUCGUCAUCGUCAACAUCCCGCUUCGCGCGCAACUCGUCAACCUCAAAGACGCGAUCGGAUCCGGGGUUCUCCUUCUGCCUCUAAUGGGAAGCACCGCCGUCGGCUCGGCACUGGGGGGCGCCGCCUCCGCCAAAGAGAACAAUACCUUCUGGACUCUGAACCUGGCGAGCAUUUUCAUGCUCAUCGGCAGCGCCCUUCUGUCCACGCUUCCUGACUCCGUGGAUCCCGUCCCGCAGCAAUACAUAUUCGAGGCAAUCCUCGGCUUCGGGCUGGGAUUGAGUCUAUCUACGAUGACCUUCCUGACGUCCAUGCAGGUGAAGUUUGAAGACCACGCCGUUGCACAGGGAGUCGUUGCGCAGCUGCGGAUCUUCGGUGGCAGCGUCGGCAUCGCAGCCAGUUUCAUCGUCUUCAACCACAAGAUCCAGGAGGCGCUCACCGGUGUGCUGACUCAAACGCAGCUGGAUGACUUUUACCGCUCGCCAACGGCCAUCUUCAGCUUCUCCGUGACUCAGCAAUUGCUUGUUAGGCAGACCUAUAUCGACGUGUUCAACAUCGACAUGCGAGUCUGUGCUGGGAUCUCGGCUGCGUGCCUGGUUGCCACCCUAUUCACCUUCCAACGUCGGCCGCAGUCGAUCAAGGAGCGGCUUGCGGACCUGGAAGAGGCCUAUGCGCGUACUGAGGCCGCGACGGCAGCGGCUGCAGCGGCUGCACAUGAGAGGUAA